AUGUUUCAUGUUUUUGCUUCUAAGGGGGACAUCACCAUUCGAGGACUGGCUUUGUCAGAGAAAAUGAGCAAUGCAACUCAGUACCUUGAAUUUUUGGAAUUGAUUGAGUACCUUGAAAAGAUAAUUAUAUUGCAUGAAAGGAUGAAGAUUGCUUCUCUGGUGAUCUCCAGUUUUGCAUUUGUGUUGGGGGUCCUUGGCAAUGGGCUGGUCAUCUUCAUCACCGGCUUUCGUAUGAAGAAGACGGUCAACACAGUUUGGUUCCUCAACUUGGCCAUUGCAGACUUCAUCUUCAUCUUUUCCCUGAUUUUUGUCCGUGCUGCUGUGAACUUCAAGUGGUACAUCAGCCAGUACUUGUGCAAGAUGAACAACGCCCUCAUCUUCCUCAACCUUUACGCCAGUGUUUAUAUCCUGACGGUCAUCAGCAUUGACCGUUGCAUUUUUGUCCGGCAUCCGAUCUGGGCUCAGAACCACCGAAAACCUCGGCAGGCUUCUUUUAUGGCCUUGGGUGUGUGGAUCCUGGCCUUGGUGUUGUCUUCUCCCCCUCUCUAUUUCGGGGGAACCAUACAAAAUCCAAAUGACACGAACAUUAACUGUUUUAAGGCUUACGGUAACACCAUAGAUACUCAUAUGUCCAUGCAUCGCGAUGUGAUCAUCAGCCGUUUCAUCUUUGCCUUCAUCAUUCCCUUCAUUGUUAUUUUUCUCUGCUAUGGAGCCAUUGUCUUGAGAUUGAGAAGCAGUCAACUGUUUCAAGCAAGCAAGCCCUACAAGAUCAUCACGGCUUUGAUUGUGACUUUUUUUGUAUGCUGCUUCCCUUUUCAUGUGUUUUCUUUCAUUCACCUGAAAUAUUCAUCACGUCCAGACAUGUGGUUGGCACUGAGUAUUGGUGAUCCCAUAGCAUCAUGCUUGUUUUUUAUCAACAGCUGCAUCAAUCCCAUCCUCUACGUCUUCAUGGCAAGGGGCUUCAAAGACAGCCUGAAAUGUUCCCUCUUUUCUGCAUUUGAGAAUGCCUUCACUGAAGAGGUCAGGCAGAUCUCCCCAACCAACAAAGCCAAAUCUUUAGCAGAGGUGGAAUUGCAGUUAUGA